AUGUGCAGCGCACUCGAGACCCUUGGCCUAUCAUGUUGGCAUUCUACUCAGUUCAUGUCUACACGGUUUGGUGAUAUCGAGAUGUGGCAAGAAGCAGUAGAUCGGAAGUUCUUUGGAGCAGGGCCGAAAUUCGGUCGCGCGGAGUUCGACCAGCUGCUGCAUGACUACGGAGCUGUAUCAUCCGACACGCCGGCUAUUGCAUUCGCCGAUGACCUGAUUGAAGCAUAUCCGGAGGCAAAGGUCGUUCUUGUCGAGAGAGACAUUGACUCCUGGUACGAGAGCUGGAUGAAUAGCGUGAUCAAGAACACGUACGACCCGUUUGUCACGAUCAUAUAUCACGUCGAUCGCUUUUUCACCCAUCCCCUUGGGAGAAUCCACAAGACUACCUUCCAGGGCUGGCUGGGGAUCUGCAACCCUGAAGAUGCCCGUCAUAAAAGCAAGGCAAAAUACAGAGAACACUACGAUCUCGUUCGGAAAAUGACUCCCAAGGACAGGCUCCUAGAAUACAACCUUUCAGAUGGAUGGGAGCCACUGUGUAAGUUCCUGGGAAGGCCAGUACCCGAUAAGUCCUUUCCUCAUCUCAAUGAGAAGAAAUGGCUGGAUGAAAAGAUUCAGUUAUCCCUUGUACGGGGAAUGAAACGCCUGAUGAAGAAGAUCAUCAUUUGUCUCUUGGGUCCACUGAUUGCGGCUAGCCUAGUGUACUAUGUGGUCUGA